AUAAAUCAAUAUCUGACGGAGGCUCCGGAGAUAGUCGGUGUAUUACGAUUGAAAACACAGGAAAUUAAUGCAAGAGGGUGGUGUUAACAUUUAACUUAAAGGACAUUUUGUUUAUAAAUAGAUCUACAUUCCUAAAGAAUGGAUUGCAUAGAAUGAAAAUAUUAAGUUAAACGGAAGGGUGAAGCAAUCGGAAAAGGCAAAUGGAACAGAGGUUAUACCUACGCUCCUCAUCCGCUGAUGCGAGUCAGGAUCGUUUAAAUCAAGUAGCCAUAGAAGAGGAUGAGCAUGAUAAAGAAGAUAUUGAUUCAUACCACUACAAAGGUCUGGAUGCUGCAGAACAUAAAGUACGCACAUGCAGUGGUUAUAAAGCACAUUGGAAAGAAAUAGGACCAACAAAAGUUGUAUGUAGUCAGAAUCUGUCAGCGAAACAAGAUGAGCACAUUUAUAGUCAAAACUUCAGCAAAGGACAAGAAAAUACUAUGAAUGUAUAUAGUAGUGUAAACAAUAAUGAUGAUAAAGUGCGAUUAAAUUUUUCAGAACUUGGGCAGUGUCCAAACACUGAUGAAUAUGUAUUUAAAUUAAGUGACACUGAACUGUCUAUUUUUGUGUCGAAAGUACUAGCCGAAAUAGGGAUUACAGAAGAACUGGUAGAAGCACGAAGAAACACAUGGCUGGAAAUAGAAAGCAUAAAUACUGUCCACUGGCGCCUUCAAGAUGAUAAUGUGACAUGGUACCAUUUCGGCAGUCAAUCUGAAGGAACGACCACUUUUGGGUUAGAUUCCGAUGUAGACAUGUUGGUUUCAGAGAAUGACAAUAGGGUCAUUCUGGAAAUUGAUGAAUGGAAGCAAGGGUUCGACAAUCUAUUGGUACAUAAACAGGAAGACACUUCUCCAGGGUACUGCAAUCUUUUAGCCAUGAACGGUAAAGAACCCACUCUAAUGGCUCAAGUUGAUGACGAUGAAAUGUAUGAGCAAGGUAAAGAUGGUAAAGUGUAUCUUAAAUGCGAAUUCAUGCAGUAUCGUGUCGAUAUAGUUGACGAGCUCCAUGGUCCGGCUGUGAAUCGGACGAGUAAUGCACGAGGAAUCGAUGAGGACUAUGUCUUUGCGUAUUAUUGUUCCCAUCUUCCAAAAGAGGCAAUGGACUGGAUAGACAGAACAAAAGAUAAACCGUGGCCAAAGGAUGAUGUACGGAAACGUGUCAUUGAAAGCGGUUGCUUUAUUGUUGCAGUUGGGCAUAAGCAGAGCGAAGAUUUAAGGACUGAGUUUAGGAUGUCUACCACAUUAGGAGAACGGAUACUCAUGUUUGACAUGAAUAAUUCGCAAAUACAGUGUUUGGUUCUGAUGAAAAUGCUAAUAAAGACAAUUGUAAACAAACAAUAUAAGGACGCUAUUAAGAGUUUCUACUGUAAAACAGCCUUAUUUUUUGUAACAGAGCAAUACGGGAAAGACAUGUUUAGACAAGAUAGUAUAUUGGAAUGUACACGCAAAUGUUUAGAAUGGAUCUACCAAUGCCUCAAAAAUGGAUACAAUCCCCAUUACAUGAUUUACAGUCUGGAUAUGUUUGAAGGAAGAUUAGAUGCCACCCUGAGGGAAAAGGUUGGAGAGUGUAUCAAAGAUAUCAUGGCUUAUCCUAUUUUAGCCAUACUGAAGAUUCAGUGUGAUGAGUUUGGGAGAAAACUAUACAAUAGGAUUAAAACCUCUGAACAUUAUAUCUCUGAAACACAGGAAAUAAUCCGUUCGAAAAUUGGGAACUUUCUUUGUAGAGCUUACAUUUUGAGGGGUCUUAAGGAGCCAUCUUUAUACGAUGAUCCAUCGAAUUACGAUGUAGAACGAGAAAUCGAGAUAAACAAGGCAAAACUGUCGCGUUGUGAAAUAUUACACCAACAAGGAGAUACUUUCAUGCAAAAGGCAACGGAACGAUAUAGAUAUUUGUUGCAAGCUAACUUAGGCAUUCUAAUGGCCGCUGAAUCUAUUCAGAAAAAUUGCAAACUGUCUGAUUCUGUUUUGCAAAGCCUCAAAGAAGGUACGUUUGCCGACGCUGUUUCAGGUAGGCUGAAGUUCGCUACCGUUUUGGUUUGCGUAGGUGACAUCACUGGAGCAAGUGGACUUUUGAAAGAAGUAGAAACAGCCUACAGCGACCUCGCUGUUGAAUCAGUGUGUAACUGUUCAGGAGAAGUCGAGUAUGUACCUAAAACUGGUUUUGGAGACAAUGCAUUGGCGUUAAUAAAUACAGGUGCUUUAUAUGCAAAUAUCUGCCAUUGCUUACUUUUUGUUGAAACUCUUAAACCAUGUUUUCCUCGUGGAUGGCUUGAUGCUGUAUUCCGACCAAUUGAUCAACGGUCAGAUAUGGAUGACCUUAUGGAAUAUGUAAGCUUGGAUCCCAAGCCAUAUUUUCAUUUCGUGGAACUGAUGUUACAAAAGGAAUUAAACAAUCAAACCAAAGCACUGAAAGCAUUCCAUCAGCUCGAGAAAUGUGUUUCAGAGGAACCAUUGUUUCACAAAGAUACGGCGCUGGUCCUACUUAGCCAUUCUUUAGAAAUGGACGGACAAGUUGAAAAGGCAAAGAUUAUAUAUGACGAGGCUUGUUGCCUAAGAAAACGCAAUAGAGGAUAUAAUAGCUCACAUGUGAGAUAUAACAGUAAUCAAGUAUAA